AUGCGUGAGGCGAUUUGCAUCCACAUUGGCCAGGCCGGUUGCCAGGUCGGCAAUGCGUGCUGGGAGCUGUUCUGCCUGGAGCACGGCAUCCAGCCCGACGGCGCGAUGCCCUCCGACAAGACGAUCGGCGUGGAGGACGACGCGUUCAACACGUUCUUCUCGGAGACCGGCGCGGGCAAGCACGUGCCGCGUGCGGUGUUCCUCGACCUGGAGCCGACGGUGGUGGACGAGAUCCGCACCGGCACGUACCGCCAGCUGUUCCACCCCGAGCAGCUGAUCUCCGGCAAGGAGGAUGCGGCCAACAACUACG